AUGAAACGAGAAUUUGAGAACGAUGAUGAGAUACAUCCUAUUUAUCUUGUUUUUAAUUACAUUUUCGAUCCGUAUAUCUUUCAAAAAAGCUCGUUAGUCUGUAAAACUUGGAAAAAAGCUCUUGACGUGCAUCCUUUCUGGCGAAAGGUUGUCGAGGAUUGUGGUCUCGAAUCUCCAAGACCGAACUCGAGAAA